GUCUAGAUGUUUUCCAGUGGUUGCCCGCAGGUGUGUCGCAGAGUUCACUCACACACAUAGCGUUCUUGUCAAUUGAGAUAGUUCAAGAUUCUAAUGUCCACUUGUAUAUUUAUAACAGCUGAUUAAAAAAAAAGUAAGUGUUAUCUUACUAUCCCAGUGCGCUUACAUCCUACAUGAUUUCUGGCAAAUGUCGACCACUUAAGAAAGAACUCGCCGCAGCUGUCUUAGUUCCCAUCCCUAAUCUUGUACAGACAAUAAAUUGUGUCGGUGUUCAGCGACUGGAAGCAUUCGACUGAGACCAGCUGCAAACAUGGAGUUUAGGAGUAGAUUGUCGUACAUCUUCAUUACUUUACUGAUUCACAACGCAGGUACGGUGCUACUUUUUUAACGAUCAUUUGAUUCUCAGAAAUAUAAUGCAUUCCAGCUGUUUGUUUAAAAAGCCAAUAAUUUCAGAUGACAUCCAAAAUCACCAUUUCUAUAAAUCACGACAAUUUUGAAAACAUCAAAUCGAGACACUUAUUCAAGCCAAUCUGUGAACAUCGAUUAAUUGAAUGAUUUGGACGAACCCCUUCACAAAUGAUACCAAAUAGGAAAUCAAGUUUCCACCCCUUAAAGUAGAGGCUAAAAUAAACGUUUAGAUGUAACACGCAGGGGAUCCGUUUCUUUGAAGACCAAGUAAUGAAAAAAAUGUAAAAAAUAUUAAAAAGAUAUAAUGUGAUUAUUUAUUUCAAAGAAAAUAUCCGAAUGUCCAAGAGGCAGAAAUCAGAAGUUAGUCAACUACAGAAAUUUAAGAUAUUAUUUUGUUUUAGUUGAAAAUGAUGCUACUUCUUUAAUUAUUUUGGAUAUAUUAAUAAGCUUAUAAACUUGAAUAAAAUAAUUUAAAAAACACAAUUCGAUUACAUUUCAGCUGCCUCAUUCUACGUGUUGCUCAGCCACUAUCGAAUCAACUACGGCAUCACGGAAGAUUUUGUUGCAGAGUGUACCUUCGAAAGGGGCCCAAGUACCAACGUGUCCAAAGUGGAGGUUCUCACGCUAUCCCGACUGGGGGAGUUCCACAGUUCCUACGUAGACGUCGCCACUAUCGACUACGUGACCGGCGGCCUGGCGGUUGUCGUCGCAGAUGAGGUUGCGGUCGCAACGGGAAGUAUAAACCAGACGGGAGUGUCCACGCUCAGCGUCAAGUGGAGAUUCCCGCAAGAGGACCAGGUCGGGACGUACAAAUGUGUGGCUCAAGGGGAGGACCAGUCCGGCAGACCUAUAUCCAUUGAAGACACGGACGCGGCGACUGGGAAUUUACCCGUCAGCACCGACCUCAUCAAUAAGAUCAUUAGUCUGGACGGCCAGGCCAAACGAAGGGAAGAUCAGCUCAGAGUCGAAAUUGAGAUUUUAGACCGGAAGUUGGACAUCAUGCAGGCCGUGCUCUUCGUGUCCGGGUUCACGUUUAACGGAGUUCAGUACUACCUGUCCCGGGUGCCGUUCUCGGACGACAAGCAAUCCAUGGCCGCCUGCUCCGUGUACGGUGGUCACCUGGCCGAGAUCGACACCGUGGAUGAAUACAACGCCAUCGUCAACUACCUCAAAGCCGAGCUGGGCGCCUCCAUCGGUGGAGGGGUGGACGGCGUCGUGGUCAGCGGCACGGACGAGGUCAGGGAAGGCGUGUGGCUGUACCACUUCAGUGGUAAACCGUUGAAGUUCGUCGACUGGUACGGGCCGGAACCCAACGAUGGUGUAUUCUACAACUGCCUGGCUCUGUGGAGGGCUAACGGCUACAAGAUGACCGAUUUCCCAUGCGGUAACAACCAGUACAACGCUCUUUACCUAUGUGAGAUCAUUCCAUAGGAUAGCCAAAGGGA